AUGGAGCCCACGCCGGACACGCCUCCCGAGCGCCCUGCCGUGCCCAAGAAGGGCAAGCGGCAAGCGCACCAGCAGCCCUCCAAGAUGGGGGGCCGCCAGUCGCGCCUCGCCAACAAGGGAAGAGGCUUGCUUAUUGAGGAAGGCCUUCGUAUUUAUACUCAGCAGCUUCUUCCGACAUCUACAUCAGCCCAUACCACAAUGGUGUACGAAGUGAAAGAUCUGGCUGAUUUUAAUCAAAAAUUGGAGGAGGCCGGAAACAAUUUGGUUAUAGUUGAUUUCCAUGCCACAUGGUGCGGCCCUUGCAAAAUGAUUGCACCAAAAAUUGAAGAAAUGUCAAAAGAUUAUACCAAUGUGGUUUUCCUGAAAGUGGAUGUGGAUGAAUGCGAAGACAUCGCAACGCAGUACGAUAUAUCUGCCAUGCCCACAUUCGUUUUCAUCAAAAACAAGCAAAAAGUAGAAGCCUUCUCCGGAGCCAAUGCAGACAAACUGAAAGAACUUCUUUUGAAGUUCAAGUGAAGAAAAUGGUGCAGUUUUUUUUAAAGUUUCUCACAGUUCCGGUCAUGUGAUUAGUUGCAUGCUGUUAACUGCUAGCCAGUAAGAAUUCAAUAACAUUGUGGAACAUACAGGAAAUUACUCUAAAACAAGUUGUCCAAAAAAUAUGAAAUUAUCAUUGUAAAACUAAAUGAACUGUUAUUAUUGCUAUUAAAAUAUGAAAUAAAGAUAUUAUAAAAUAGUUGUGAAUAGUUUUUUGUGUAUCCUAAUUCAAUCAAUCUUGCUUUGAAUUGAAUAGAUAUAUCAAUUGAAAUUAGAUGCAAGAAUUGCUUCUUCUAACAAAAGUAUUGUACUUCCACAUAGUGGCAGCCUUAAAAAUUAAGGAAAUCUAAAUUGGUAAGGUACAUGGUUAUAUUAGGUUUGAAUUGUGGGAGGUAAUUAACAUCAUAUGGCACAACAUCAUGUGGCUUGUGUAUAAGCUACUAAUUAAAAAAACUACAUUUUGGCAAAAUGGAUUCUUGGAGGGAGGUAUACUGUAUAUUCUAAGUGGAUUCUAAAUUUUGGCAACAAAUGACAAUUAUAUUAAAUAUUUUACUUCACUUGCAAAUACUUUUAUGAAAAUUGUUUUCAUUUGCCAAUGAAAUUUGAAAUUUCAUUUAAGAGUAUAAAUGCACCAUUACUUAAUUUUUUUUUAUUAAAUAUUAAAGUUUAUGGUGGUCUUUUGAUCAAAUACUUUUUUGAAAUGGUGCCCUUCAGGGACGAAUAUAAUGUACUUAAUAGUUCCAUUUGAAUCUUGGAUUUUUAUAUUGCAAAAUUAAUUAUUUAGAAAUACGUAAACAUUUUCAGCAACUUUAUUUUUCUUCACCAAAAAUAGGAAACUACUAACCUUGUCCACUUGCUGUAAUAUAUGAUUUUGGCUUUUCAAAAUACAUCUCCUGUGUUUAUAUGUGAAAUUGUAAAAGUUAGUGUCUAAUUAACGUUAACUUAUAAUGCUGUGUAUAUUCAUUUUUCACACGAAAAUUGUAACAAUGAAAAUGUGUAGUAGGUAGGUGUUUUCACAUCUUUCAAAUUUAAGGUAUUUGCUGCUACUGUUGAGUUUAAGACUUAAAGAUAAAAAAUCACAUUGAUCAACUAAAGGCCUACACAUUAAUGUCCAUAAAAUAACAGAUUUGCAGUAUUUUGUAAUACCCUCUCUCCUCCUGUAAUGUGGGUUUGAACCUCCCCUACCCUAAAUAAUUAUGUAACACGUGAUAACACAUCCCCUUGUAAAUGUGGAAGUGAAAAUAAAUUGUAUCGCACUAGCAACAAUUUGUCUUAAUUUUAGUUGUUAUAUAUCAAAAUAUACGGCAUAAUUACUGUCAGAAUUAGUUGGUGAUGCUGACUGCUCCUAACAAACUUAGUUGGUUGGGGACAGCUAUUGGAGUAUAUUUGGUGGAUUGGCAACAGCUUUUGAAUAAGGAAAGGUGCAUAGGUGAGAGAAUUUCUCACACUGUCAUGGUUGUGAAUUGACAGCACCAAUUUAUUUGGAUUCUUAGAAUACAC